AUGACUGGUAUUACCAUAUCCAGAUUUGCAGGUCUCCACAAUUUAGAACAGAUUUAUGAGGUAUGUAAUUUGCCGCAGUUUGGAGGGCCUGGUGUUGAAGCUAUCCAAAGAUGGUUCUACAAUGAUAGAAUGAUGCAAUGUGAAAGUUUUAUGUAUGGUGGAUUAAAUGGUAACAUGAAUAACUUCAGAACAAAAACAGAAUGCGAGGGACUAUGUAACGGCGUCAAGAGCUUCCCUUGUGGACGAUUACCAGAAUGUGGUACUCCUCAGCGUAAUAGAUACAUGCACUGUUACGAACACACACGUAGCAUAAAAAAUGGUGUGUUUUGUAGUACAGGAUGUGGCACUGAAAGGAGGUGUAAAAAGGGAUUCUGUCCGAAAGAUCCACAAGUUACAUGUGCAUCUAAGUGCAUUAGUGACAGAGAUUGUAAUGGAAAGAGACUGUGUUGCUCUAAAUGUUGCCGAGAUCCAGAAGAUCGAAAACCUGGAAAAUGUUCAAAUGAUUCUAGUCAACUAACCGUACAUCGUACAUGUUAUUUGAGGAAAUCUGAAUGUGAACGUGACAGCCAGUGUGUAGGUAACAGGAAGUGCUGCCGGUUCUCAUGUGGGAAUAUCUGCGUAGACCCUGAUUAUGCUGAAUUUCGAGAUAACCAAUUACAUAUUUUAAUGUUACCUCGUAACCAUAUGAUGUAUACUGAAUCAUUAGUAAUCUUCCUGUUCUUAGUUCUGGUAAGUUUGAUAGUUGCAAAGCUGUAUUUGCAUCAUUUCAAUCAUAAGACAGCGGAAGCACAACAAUCAGAUAAUAUAUGCGACCUACCAAAAGUAGCAGGACCAUGUAAUGCCCGGAUUAAAAGGUUCUAUUAUGACGUAAAUUCUGGAAGUUGUGGAAAGUUUUACUAUGGUGGAUGUGACGGCAACGAAAACAACUUCAAAACAAUUGAAGAAUGUAAAACCGUCUGCAAUAAACGCGUAUGUACUUUGCCGCAAGUUGGUGGGCCGGGUGGAGUAGCUAUUCAAAGAUGGUUAUACAAUUCUGACACCAUGAAGUGUGAAUCAUUUACAUAUGGUGGAUCGAAUGGUAACAAGAAUAAUUUCAAAACAAAAACAGAAUGCGAGGGACUAUGCAACGGCGUCAAGAAAGAUCCAUGUGGACAGCGGCCAUCAUGUCCUCCUCCUCCUAUGGAUUCCUGUUUCGGUUUCACCUAUAACAUCAUAAACGGUGUGAAAUGUAUAACAGGUUGUAAUUACGCUUGUUCAGAGUAUGUGAUUCUCCGUUAUAUAAUUUGUACAUUCAGGAUGCAUAUACAUGAUAUAGGAAGACCGUUAGUGUUUCUAAUUUACAUAACGUUGCAAAUAAGUGAUGCACAACUAGUAGACAAUGUAUGCGACCUAAAGAAAGAUGUCGGGCAAUGUAAUGCCCGGAUGAGCAGAUAUCAUUAUGACGUAGAUUCUGGGGAGUGUAAACAGUUUUUCUAUGGCGGUUGUGAUGGCAACGAAAAUAACUUCAAAACCAAACAAGAAUGUUUCACCGACUGCGAAAAACGAGUAUGUACUUUGGUAGUAAAUUAUGGGUUUGGUGGAGCUAAAAUCAAAAGAUGGUUCUACAAUUCUGAGACAAUGAAGUGUGAAACUUUUAAGUAUGGUGGAUCAUAUGGUAACAAGAAUAGCUUCAGAACAAGACGAAGCUGCAAAAAGCUGUGUAAGGGCGUCAAAAGAGAUCCUUGUGGACAUAUACCACCGUGUCUUCCUCCCCGACCGAAUGAGUGUGGCGAAUUUACAUUUGAUGUGAUAAAUGGAGUGGAGUGUAUUAUUGGUUGUCGUAAUUCACGAUGUAAACAGGGAUCCUGUCCAACUAAUCCUUCUCCAGGAUGUACAAGUAAUUGUGCCUUGGACAUUGAAUGUGCUGGAAACAAGUUAUGUUGCUCCGGUUGCUGUCGAGUUCCAACUCUAGAUAACAAACCCGGAACCUGCCCAACUGAUCCUGGACAACAACAGUGCUAUGGAAAAACAUCAGAAUGUGAAAAGGAUAGUCAAUGUGACGGCAAGCGGAAGUGCUGCAAGUUCUCGUGUAUGAAUUUCUGUGUAGAUCCAGAAGAAUGAAAUAGAAAAAAAAAUCUGUAACACUGUUUUAGGUGUUAUAUUUUCUUAAUUAUCAUUAGUUGAAUGAAAAAACGGAACAGAUACAGAUGUCAAGUGACAUAUCAACAAUACAUAAUGCCAAAUAAAUGUACGUUUAGUUAU